AUGACUGUUACUGCUCUUGGUUCCUACCUGAAGCUGAGCGAGUACCAGGACCACAAGUUCAGUGGUGAUAAUGAAGAGCCUGAAAAUUUACUGAAGGAAAGCUGCAUGCUCUAUGUGGGGAAUCUUUCCUUUUAUACAACCGAAGAGCAAAUAUUUGAGCUCUUUAGUAGAUGUGGUGAAGUCAGGAAUGUUUUUAUGGGCUUGGAUAAAAUAAAGAAAAAGGCAUGUGGUUUCUGUUUUGUGGAAUACUAUAACAGAGCUCAUGCUGAAAAUGCCAUGUGGUUCCUAAAUGGGACCUUCUUAGAUGAUCGUAUCAUCUGCACAGAUUGGGAUCUAAGCUUUAGAGAGGGCAGACAGUAUGACCGUGGCCAGCCUGGGGGUGGCCGGGUAAGAGAGGAGUCUGGUGAGAACUUUGAUGCUGGUAGAGGAGGUUCUGGACAACAAGCUCAGGCCUGUCAUAAGACAGGAACCUGCCAGUGA